AUGCAGACAGACAUGGAGCAGCUUCUUCAGCAGGCGGGAGGGCGCGGAGGAGGACAUGAAGCUACCGUGCCAGACAACGGAGAGACCAUCCAUAUUUCCUCGCUUGCACUUCUAAAGAUGCUCAAGCAUGGCCGAGCAGGUGUUCCUAUGGAGGUCAUGGGACUGAUGCUUGGAGAGUUUGUGGAUGAAUACACUGUCCAGGUAGUCGACGUGUUUGCCAUGCCGCAGUCAGGAACAUCAGUGUCCGUCGAGUCAGUUGACCACGUAUUCCAGGCCAGGAUGGUUGAUAUGUUGAAGCAAACAGGGAGGUCCGAGAUGGUGGUCGGGUGGUACCACUCACACCCAGGUUUCGGAUGUUGGCUUUCCAGCGUUGACAUCAAUACACAGCAGUCGUUCGAGCAGAUAGAUACUCGCUGCAUCGCCGUUGUCGUUGAUCCGAUACAAUCGGUCAAGGGCAAGGUCGUCAUCGAUGCCUUCCGUCUGAUUAAUCCCGCCACCGUCCUACAGGGCCAGGAGCCACGGCAGACAACAUCCAACAUUGGUCACAUCAACAAACCCUCAAUACAGGCGCUUAUUCACGGCCUGAAUCGCCACUAUUACUCAAUUGCCGUCAAGUACCGUAAGACAGAUCUCGAGCAGGCCAUGCUCAUGAAUCUGCACAAGCGUAAUUGGACAGAAGGGCUUACAUUGCGUGACUUCAAGUCGCACAAGGAGGCAAACGAGAAGGCGAUCAAGUCAAUGCUCUCCUUAUCAGAGGCCUACAACAAGUCCGUGCAAGAAGAAUCCACAUUAACGCCUGAUCAGCUGAAGACACGGCACGUGGGCAAGCAAGAUCCUAAACGGCACUUGGAGGAGCAGGUGGAGAAAGCUAUGGGAGACCAGGUCGUUCAAAAUCUUGGCACAAUGCUUCUCGCUGAGCUGUAG